UAUUGGUCGGUUAAACUGUCAGUCAAGGAGCGUCGGCUGGCGAGUUGAAGUGAAUGACAGCGCCGUGCCUCAGCAGUGUAUAUACAAGACAAAAUGGGAAAUAUAUCCAGUUGAUGCACUGUAGCUACAGAAUUUUGUGAAACGUGGCGGCAGACCAUUAAAGACCGGUUUUGAGAAGACCUCUUUCAUUCUAAACCAAGCUGUGACUGACAGAAGUGAACUUAGGACGGAAAGAGUUAGUGGUUUAGUCACGAAUGGCUUUCGACUCAGUUGGCAGCGACCGCGGCGGAGGUGAGGCUGCGUGGAUCAUGCAUCAGCAGAUGCAGUCUGAUCCCAAGUCAUCCUGGCCUUCCAGCUACAACUCAGACAACAAUAACUGGAACAACGGCAUGGAAUCUCAGUAUCCCGGCUACUCAAAUUAUUGGUAUCCCCAGUCGCACACGGCAGGACCUUACGGCAGCACAUACCCCCCUGGAACAGAGGUCAACGGACAGGCGUCAUACAAUCCCCAGGCAAUGUCAGCCUAUCCCAAUGGGGUGUACAAUCCAGGACAGUACUCCUCGAGUAUGCUACAUCCCUCCAACCCCUUCUACUGCAGUGACCAGGUUCCUUCAAGACAACCUCAGUAUCACAGCCAGACCUGCCCUGAGCAAAAUGCGGGGGGUUCGGCUCCUCCCCCCUACCCUGUACCUCACUGCCAAGGGGCCCCUGGCUACCCAGCAGGAUCAUACCCACACUAUGGAGAAGGAUGCCCCCCGAAUGCUCCCUACCCCAACCAGCAGCCCAUGCUCUCGAGACCCCAGCACGAGGCCUGGACCCACUCUGGAGGGUACGGGCACACACCGCCCCAACAGCAAUGGCCGUCCAAUACCCAGACACCCCAUGGCCACUAUAACCAUGUACGACCACCUCACCCUCCACCAUGGCAAGGACCUGCACCACCUCCAUAUGAGCCCAAGGAUCCACCAUAUCACAGUCAGCCUCAUAUUCACCCUCGAAACCAGCCUCCAGGCUCCCAACCACGAGCCAGCACUCCAAACCCAACUCCACCUCCACCCAAAGCCGCCCAGUUCAGCGCUCCGCCUCAAAUCUACAACAAGGCUCCCUCCGGAUGUGGAGGACCCGAGCCCAAACCAGCCCAGAAUGAACAACCUCCAACGUCUUCCCGCCAAGGGUCGUCCACUCCAGCCCCAUUAAGCGAUAAUCGCAGCCUGGCUCGAGUUCAGCAGGUUCUGGCCAGAGUUCAGCUCCUCCAAGAGGACGUGGAUGAGUUUGUAGGGAAAAAGAUGGACAAGAGCUACCGGUGCCUGGAGGAACUUUUGACAAAAGAGCUGCUGGAAUUGGACUCGGUGGAGACCAACGGGCAGGACGUCGUUCGACAGGCUCGCAAAGAGGCCGUCCAGAGGAUCCAGGCCAUCUUGGACCACCUUGAGAAAAAGGCUUUCUAAUAACAGGGUGGAUUGAUUAUGAUGGUUUUGGUUGUUCUUUUUUUUCUUUCUUUUUAAUGAUAUCUUCUCAUGAUAACGGAUUAGGAUUUUCACAGUUGCCAGUUAGUUUGCCAGCAUUAACACAUUAACAGGUGUUUUGGGGUCGCGUACCCUACUGAUGGUAAUGUAUUAGUUGAAAUACAGGCGCAAAAUGUCCUAAUCAUUGCAGUGCCAUACUCAAAACCAGCCUUCUGACAUCCAGCAAAGAGCAGCGGCAGUCUGACAUCUGCUCAGAAUUAAACAUAAGUCUCAUUGCAUAACACCAUCUUAAGACUUUCGUUUUGUUUUUUUCUUGAGUCUAGGCAGACUGAA